AUGGCGACUUUGCUUAUGUUGCUGCUGGCACUGCUUCCUGAAAUGACAUGCAAGACUCACAUGGUGAAGUGUCAUGUCCAUGAUCCACACCCUCCACUUCACAAGUAUCACCAGUCAGGAGACCUCAACCUUGGUGGCUUAGCUUCUCAAAGCUUCAUCAUUUCCAAUGCAUUAGCCUUCACUAAAGAACCCCCUCAGGCAUUGCCCGAAGAGCUUGUCAUGGUGACUAAGAAUUACCAGCACAUCCUGGCCUUGGAAUUUGCAGUGAAGGAGAUCAAUGACAACCCUCAGAUCUUACCCAAUACCACCUUGGGCUUCCACAUAUUUGACAGCUAUUUCAUUGCAAAAGGGACCUAUCAUGCUACAAUGCUGCUAACGUCCAGCCCAGAGAGAUUGGUCCCCAACUACAAAUGCGACAUCCAUCAUCAUUUGAUAGCAGUCAUUGGGGGGCUGGACCCCCUAACCUCUCUUCAUGCUGCAACAGUCUUGGAUAUCUAUAAAAUUCCACAGCUCAUAUGUAGCCCGGCUCCAGUCAUGGAGUAUAAAACCCCAGGCCUUUCCUUCUACCAAAUGGUCCCACAGGAAGCCCUGCAGUAUGAGGGGAUUCUCUCCUUACUUCUGCAUUUCAGGUGGACAUGGGUUGGACUCCUUACCAUGGAUCUUGAGAAUGGAGAAAGAUUUGUUCAAACUGUGGUUCCAAUGUUUACUUCUAGUGGCAUUUGUUUUGCCAUUAUAGAGAGAGUAUCCAAAUUAUCUCUUAUCGCUGAUCUUAAAGACUUGUUCCAACAGGUUGCAAAAAUACAUGAUAAAGUAAUGAGUAGCAAAGCCAAUGUGAUGAUCAUCUAUGGAGAAUCUUAUUCUAUGAUAUUUCUGAGAUGGUUUCCGUAUUUAUCUGAGCAAGAACAUGUGAAUAUUAACCCAAAGGGUAUAGUGUGGAUUAUGACAGCCCAGGUGGAGCUGACUUCUAUCGUUUAUCAAAGGACUUGGGAUAAAGAAAUAAUCCACGGGGCUCUGUCCUUUGCAAUUCACUCCAAUGAUAUAUCAGGAUUUCAGCAAUUUACUGCCAGUAGAAAACCUGCCACCUCAAAAGAAGAUUAUUUCAUCAAGGACUUCUGGCAGCAGGCCUUUGCCUGUUCAUUUCCAGGUACAGGUGCAGAAGAUGUGCAUGGGGAUAUCUGCACUGGAGAUGAGAACGUGGGGACUCUUCCUGGGCCUUUCUUCGAAAUGAGCAUGAUUGGCCAUAGCUACAGUAUCUACAUGGCUGUUUAUGCCAUGGCACAGGCUGUUCAUGACAUGUUCUCAUGGAGACUCAAAUCAAGAAUGUUAAAGGACCAAGGGCAGUUGUCAUUACAAAAUCAACAGCCAUGGAAGGUCCAUCAUUUCCUCAGAGGUGUAUUAUUUAAUAAUAGUGCUGGAGAUGAGGUUUCCUUUAACCAGAAUGGGGAGUUGAAAGUUGGGUUGGAUGUUAUUAAUUGGAUUGUUUCCUUAAACCAAUCCUUUCAUAAAAUUAAAGUUGGGAGGAUGGAUCCCCAGACUUCUUCGCAACAAGUGUUCACCAUCCAUGAAGAUGCUAUAACAUGGCAAAGGCGGUUUAACAAGGCAAGGCCUAUUUCUGUAUGCAGUGAGAGUUGCAGUCCUGGUUCAAGCAAGAAAAUGAAGGAGGGGGAGCCAUUUUGUUGCUACGAUUGCACUCCCUGUCCAGAAGAGAAGAUUUCAGAACAGAUGGAUAUGAAUGACUGUUUUAAAUGUCCAGAUGAAUAUUAUCCCCACAAAAAACAGGAUUUAUGUAUUCUGAAGAAAAUCAGCUGCUUGUCUUAUGAAGAACCUUUGGGGAUCAGUUUAGCCUGUUUUUCGCUUUCCUCUUCAAUCAUCGCAGCUCUGGUGCUAGGGACGUUUCUGAAGCACCACAACACUCCCAUUGUCAAAGCCAACAACCGGGAUCUCACCUACAUGCUCCUCCUGUCCCUCCUGCUCUGCUUCCUUUGUGCAUUGCUAUUCAUUGGACAGCCUCAGAAGGUGACAUGUCUUCUGCGACAACCUGUUUUUGGCAUCAUCUUCUCAGUGGCUGUUUCCUGUGUGCUGGCAAAAACGAUCACAGUGAUUCUGGCUUUCAUGGCCACCAAACCAGGAUCCAGGAUGAGGAAAUGGGUGGGGAAGAGGCUGGCCAACUCCAUUGUGAUUUCCUGCUCCUUUAUUCAAGCAACCAUUUGUAUUAUGUGGUUGGCAUUUUCUCCCCCAUUCCCAGAUGUCGAUAAGCACUCAACCUAUGGAGAAAUUGUUCUAGAAUGCAAUGAGGGUUCUGUAACUAUGUUUUACUGUGUCCUGGGUUACAUGGGCUUUCUGGCUAUGGCCAGUUUCAGUGUGGCUUUCCUUGCCAGGAAGUUGCCUGACAGUUUCAAUGAAGCCAAGUUCAUCACUUUCAGCAUGUUGGUCUUUUGCAGUGUUUGGUUAUCAUUUAUUUCCUCCUACCUAAGCACUAAAGGAAAAUACAUGGUAGCUGUGGAGAUCUUUUCCAUCUUAGCCUCCAGUGCUGGGGUGGUGGGCUGCAUCUUUUUCCCUAAAUGCUAUAUCAUUGUUUUAAGGCCUGAAUUGAAUGAUAAGGAACAGCUGAUAAGACGAAAGGCUGGAUGA